AAAAUUAUAACCUCUUUUCUUGAAGUACGUGUUAUUACAGGUAAAAAUGAAAGGUACAAAAGCGAAAGGCUAGGCUAACUGCAAUUAUUUUGUUAUACUGCAUUCGCUGUUAUAGCCUUGGCGUUAUUUUUUGAAUGAAAGUGUAAUCCCUGUGUUCUGCUUUUAAUUAUGGCCGAUUCACAAGAAUUACUACUGCAGCAAAUUAAAGAACAAGGUGAACUAGUAAGAAAAUUGAAGGCUGCAAAGGAAUCGAGCGAAAAGGCCUGCGUGUCCAACAAAGGCAGUUCACGAAACAAGUAUGAUUUAGCUGAAAUCGACACCCAUUUUUCGCAACACAGUUACAUUUGCGGCUAUACGCCUACCAAUUGCGAUGUGAUACUUGCUAAAGACUUAGACAAAAUAGAUUUUCUAAAAUACAUAUAUAUCUGGAGGUGGUGGGACCAUAUGCGGAGUUUCAGCAUUUCUGAAGUAUCACAAUUCCCUAUUGUUCAACCUCCUGAUGUGAUGAACUCAAAACCAAAAGGCGUUACGUUAUCUAUUGAAGUACAGAUAAAGGAAGAGGUAGCAAAGCUAUUAGCCCUUAAAGCCCAGCUCACUCCAGAAGAUGCCGCUCCACAGAAGUUCACCCUCAAAACGCCAAAGGGAACGCGGGAUUACACUCCGCAGCAAAUGGCCAUAAGAAAUGAGGUUUUGCAGAAGAUUAUAACAGUUUUCAAGAGGCACGGAGCUGAAUGUAUUGACACGCCUGUGUUUGAAUUGAAGGAAGUAUUAACAGGCAAAUAUGGCGAAGACUCCAAGCUGAUCUACGACCUGAAAGACCAAGGAGGCGAGAUCCUCUCGCUGCGGUACGACCUGACAGUCCCGCUGGCGCGCUAUCUGGCUAUGAGCAAGAUCAACACGUUGAAACGAUACCACAUAGCGAAGGUCUACAGAAGAGACAAUCCGGCCAUGACUAGAGGGAGAUACAGGGAAUUCUAUCAAUGUGAUUUCGACAUCGCCGGCCAGUACGAGCCGAUGGUGCCCGACGCGGAGUGUCUCAGAGUGGUCUCCGAGAUCUUGGAUACGCUGGACAUAGGCACCUACGUGCUGAAGGUGAACCACCGCCGGCUACUCGACGGCAUGUUCGAGGCGUGCGGGGUGCCCGCUGACAACUUCCGCGCUACUUGCUCCACUGUGGACAAACUUGAUAAGUUGUCAUGGAAGGAAGUGCGAACGGAAAUGAUAAACGAGAAAGGCGUAACUCCAGAAGCGGCAGACAAAAUCGGCCAAUACGUCAGACUGAACGGCGGCACGGAACUAGUCGAAAAACUCCUCAAAGACGAGAAACUGUCUAAAACUAAAGCGGCCGUCGAAGGCCUUGAGGGCAUCAAGCUGUUGCUGCACUAUUGUGAACUCUUCGGCAUUAAGGAUAAGAUCCUUUUCGACUUGAGUUUGGCGAGAGGGCUCGAUUACUACACUGGAGUUAUCUAUGAAGCUGUUUUAACUCAACCGAUCAAAGUCGGCAAUGAGGAGCAAACCGUUGGAUCGGUAGCUGGUGGCGGACGAUACGAUAACCUCGUGGGAAUGUUUGAUUCUAAAAAUAAACAGGUGCCGUGCGUGGGCGUGAGUAUAGGCGUGGAGCGCGUGUUCUCGGUGCUGGAGGCGCGGCUGGCGGCGGGCGCGCUGCGCGUGCGCACCGCCGACGUGGACGUGUACGUGGCCUCCGCGCAGAAGGACUUCCUGCGCGAGCGCAUGAAGAUCUGCGCCGAGCUCUGGAGCGCCGGCAUCAAGACGGAGCAAUCGUAUAAGAAGAACCCGAAAAUGCUGAACCAACUGCAGCACUGCGAAGAGGCCGGGAUCCCGCUCGCCGUGGUGCUCGGCGGCGACGAGCUCCAGCGCGGAGUCGUCAAGGUACGGGACAUCGCCUCCCGGGCCGAGAGCGAGGUGCCGCGCGGCACACUGGUGGCCGAGCUCACAGCUAGGAUAGCCGCGCUAAACAAUGCCGUCAAUGGAAACAAAUAAUCUUGUUCCA